CGUAAAGUUUUGUAAGAUUGCGUCAUACUGUAUUAUUGGGGCACCGGAAACUGCGUUUUUUCCGCCUCGCAUUUGUCGUGUGAUGUUCUGUCGACUAAUUUCCUAACGCUUUUUAUGUGUAGAAAAUUAGAGGUAAACGAUGUUUCAUGAGUGAAUCGUUCGAAGGAGCACAGAUACGUUCGAUAUGCGACCAUUAUCGAUGCCAUCUGAUUCAGUGCGGUGGAAAAAACAAUAAUCUUCGGCGAGUCGUGUUUAAGCUUCAUGGAUAAUUUGCACGAGUUAUUCGGUGAUUCCAAGGCACCGAAAAAAUCGCGAGAGGGGAAGAAGAAAUGGAGGCGGAGAGUUUCCAAAGAUUUUUCUGCUCAGCAGAAAACAAGAGGAAGCUCUAUUGUCGUGUCUCAUGAGGAGGUUGUGAUAGAUUUUCGCAUGGAUGCAAAUCUGAUAGAAUCUUUGCCGCCAGAGCCCGCUCUUGGAAACAUCGAGUACAAGCUGAAGUUGGUCAAUCCAACGCGCCAAAGAUUCGAGCAUCUCGUUACCCAGAUGAAAUGGCGAUUGAGGGAAGGCGAGGGUGAAGCGAUAUACGAAAUCGGCAUUGAAGAUAAUGGCCAUUUUCUCGGUCUAUCUCCUCACGAGUUAUCGGCCAGUUUGGAAACGUUGCGCAUGAUGGCAGCACAGCUGGGUGCGACUGUAAAAAUUCUUCGGAAGCAAGUCGUGCAGGAAGGAGAGGAUCAGCGACAUUCUGCCGAAGUUCUCGUGCGGAAAAUACCCGAUGAUCGAACCAGCAUAGAACUGCGAAUCGCCGUUCUUGGCAAUGCCGAUGUCGGGAAAUCUACUUUGUUGGGAGUGUUGACCCAAGGAGAGCUGGACAACGGUAGAGGACGAGCAAGAUUGAUCAUGUUUCGUCAUUUGCACGAAGUACAAACUGGAAGAACCUCGUCAAUCAGCCACGAGAUCAUGGGUUUUGAUGCUGAGGGAAACGUAAUGACCUACCAGCAAUGUGGAACUGCGGAAGAUAUAGUUCAAUCUUCUGCGAAGCUCAUUACUUUUAUUGACCUCGCUGGACACUACAAGUAUUUGCACACCACUAUCAACGGUCUCACCGGAUAUUGUCCGCAUUACAUAAUGCUUGUCAUAAGUGCCAAUACCGGCAUUGCCGGAACUACGUUGGAUCACUUGAACUUGGCUUUGGCGCUGGACGUGCCGUUUUUCAUUGUGGUUACAAAAAUCGACGUUACCCCGUCGCAUGUAGUCGAAAAAACCGUGGCGGAGUUACAGACGUUUUUGCGAUCUGAAACGAAACGUGAUCCGCUUAUGGUUUGUGAGAGUGCUGAUUUGUCAAAAGCCCGUGGUGUUCAGAGCAUUUUGUGCGCGAGAAUAGUUCCUAUUUUCUUGUUGUCCUCUGUGACUGGGAAGGGAUUGGAAUUGUUGAGGGAAUUCCUCCAUGCGUUGCCGCCGUAUUUGAGCGCUGUCGAAAGAGAAGAAUUGGAGCAGUUACCUGUUCAGUUUCAAAUCGACGAGACUUGGAAUAUACCUGAAGUUGGUGCAGUUGUUGGUGGAUUGCUGACGCGAGGCGUAAUAACUGAAAAUAUUCGACUCCAAUUGGGUCCUGUCGAGGGUCGGAAAUUCAUACCAGUCCUUGUGAAAACAAUUCAUCGAAACAAGACGCAUUGUAGCAUUGUGAGAGCUUCUCAGAGUGCAUCCUUGAGUCUUUUUCCUGUGGACAACUCUUCGGCAAACUCCAUUCCACCGUUGAGGAAAGGCAUGGUGUUACUAGAUCCUGGUCAAGAGGCUCGUGUUACGAAGCAUUUUCUGGCUAAAUUGACGCUUACGGCUCAAGACGACGACUCGCCCAUCGUUCUCAAGAAAGGAGGACACGCUGUACUGAACAUUGGUAAUGUUCGCCAGGGAGCAGUUGUAUGCGGCAUUUUCGGAGCCUAUGACGGAAUCCGGAAAAUGAGAAUCCCUCAGUACCCUGGUGGGGCAUUGGAGCCAGUUUCGGUGAUGUUCGAAUUUCUCCGAGGACCGGAAUACUUGGAAUGCGGUGCACGCGUUUUGUUUCGACACGGUAAUACGAAAGGGCAAGGAUAUGUAUCGCACGUUUACUACUUGGAGUCGUCCGCUGGGUCGUGGGAAGGAAGAGACGAUGAAUGAGGCUGAAUUUUAAAAAAGAACUUGCUGGAAGUUAAUUUAGCUUUACCUCGAGAUUACCUGAAUGCAUUUGAAGCGUCAGAUCUCAAACUUCAAUUGCAAGUUUGAAAUUGCCUGAUUCACCUGCAGAGUAACGCAGUUUUUGAAUGUGUGGUGAAGGAUUUUUCAAUUGUUUUCUUUUUCACCCUUGGUAACCGGACUUCGUUAUUUUCUUUCUGGUGCGAUUUGUUUGAUUCGGGAUGGAUUGGAGAUUGCGGCGUCAUCUAUAUGUCGUAAUCAGUAACCUUCUUGGGGUAUGACAGGAGAUUUCUCGCUUGAUUUAGAUGUACUGUAGUUCCGCUGAGAAUAUUUUGUAAACUUCGAGAUUGUGCGAAUUUGGCUGGCGAUUUUUUUUAAUUUUUGGACUGUGGGAGAUGUAUGACCUGAUUCGCAGGAGUUCCGAACUGCACAAUUCUAAAAAUCGAUCCAGGGCUUUUUUUUUUCCAAAGUAUUGAUCUGCGAAUCCUGCGUGUACGCGUUUGUGCAGUUUUGUCACGCAUGAUAACAACCAAUUGUUCAUCCGCUGUGUCGUUAAGAAUUGAUCGUCGUCUGUAUUGGUCGGGUUCGUUUUUUUAAAAGUUCGUAACGAAUUUCUGUACAGUAGAGGAAUCUUGGGUUUUUCUCAACUGCGAGUACAAUAACGCGAUGAAUGAUUUGUCGAACGGAGAUUUUAGAUUUUUUUUACCUGAACAUGUAGGAAAGUCCGGGAAAUGCUCUCUGUGAUCGACCGAUAUCGAAAUGAAAACACGUACCGCAUG